AUUUUCUGUACAUUGGCUCAUGUUAUACAUGGGGGAAUAUGAGAGCGGCGGAUGAACCGAAAGCGACAGCAGAAUACCUGGCGAUAAGUAUAACGUUAAAUAGUGGGCGUGAAAUGGGGGGGAUUCAAAGCCAAAUCACCCAGAACAGGCUGUCGAAAAAGGAAAAUCGUUUUUGGUGUUGUAUUUUUCUUUAAUAUAAAUUUGGUGUGGACUGGGGUAAGGCACCUCCCUGCCUGCUCUGCGCCGGGGUGUGUGCGUGUUUUUCGGGUAGGCUUCAUCGCAUCACCGCGCUGCAGUAUAUUAUUGGAACCGACCUGAGGUGCCACGCCGCCGGUUUACAGCUGCCCUGCGCCGUCGGCCGAUACUAUGUCCAAAACAGAGAGAGACAAAGUAGCUCUGCGACUCAAUCCUACUGACCUAUGCAAUGAAAAAAUGGCAACUUUGCUCUCUAACAGCUGUGGUUUGUAGCCAUAAAUAAGUGCCAAUGUGCCGAAAGACAUAGUGGAGCGUUUUGUGUGCCUGUUAUUAAAAAGCAGCUUUGAAAAGCAGCAAUAGGCAGCCCGCAUGGAACGAGCAGGAAGCAUCCAACUUGAUAUUCCGGACUUCAGCAACUCCGUCCUGUCGCAUCUGAACCAGUUGCGAAUACAGGGCCGUCUGUGUGACAUUGUGGUCAAUGUCCAGGGCCACAGUUUUCGUGCCCACAAGGUGGUCCUCGCCGCCAGCUCACCCUACUUCAGGGAUCACAUGUCACUGAGUGAGAUGAGCACCGUGUCCAUAUCAGUAAUCCGCAACCCAACCGUGUUCGAGCAGCUACUCUCCUUCUGCUACACGGGACGCUUGUGCUUGCAGCUCGCUGAUAUCAUCAGCUACCUGACGGCUGCCAGCUUCCUUCAAAUGCAGCACAUUAUUGACCGUUGCACCCAGAUUUUAGAAGGAAUCCACUUUAAAAUCAGUGUGUCAGAUGUGGAAGAGGAGAUCGGGAACGGGGCCCACAGGACCGCCAACCAAACCGUUGAGUCAGGAAGAGGUGGGACCGGGCUAGGUGGGUCCCGCUCCCUAAGUCCCAGACUUACCAGUUCCCGAUUGAUUGGCAACACUGGGGUGAUCAACAUCCGUGAUGUGAGGGAAGUCCGAGAGAUCAGUCCCCCUGGGGAGUCCAUGAGUCCCCAGAUUGUGGAGCACAGUGGCAUUGGCUCAGAGGAGGUGGGAACUGGGAAAGAGCCCAUUCUCCGCAUUAACCGAGCUGGGCAGUGGUAUGUCGAGACGGGGACUGAGGUGGAGAGAGGAGGAGAGGAGAAUGUGCGGAUGGUGGAUGGGUUUCGGAUUAAGACGGAAAGGAUGGAUGAGUGGAUGGGAGCGGAGACCCAAGCGUCGGCAGAAGAGGGCAGUGGGGCCGAGGAGGGGCCGACAGUGAUGAUUGACACCUCAGGACGUACCACACUGGUGCAGGAAGGAGGAAGAGGUGGGAAAAGCUCCCAGCCGUCCAGUAGCGUCAGUGAAACAGAGAGGUUUAGUCCCACAGGAAGUGUGGUUGUGAUGGCUGAUCACCAGAGAGCCAAGAGUGAGUCUCCAGGAAGAGUCGACGAUCAGAGACACCCCACCUCACAGGGAGAGGAACAAGCUGUGUUUGACAUGGGGGGAUAUGAGGAGUACCUACGAGAACAGGUAGGUGAUCGGUGGUUCCGCUACAACCCUCGUCUCACCUGCAUUUACUGCUGCAAGUCCUUCAACCAGAAGGGCAGCUUAGAUCGCCACAUGCGCCUGCACAUGGGCAUUACCCCCUUUGUUUGCCGAAUCUGCGGGAAGAAAUACACCCGCAAGGACCAACUCGAGUACCAUAUCCGUAAGCACACAGGAAAUAAGCCUUUCCAUUGCCACGUCUGCGGCAAGAGCUUCCCGUUCCAGGCAAUCCUCAACCAGCACUUCCGCAAAAACCAUCCAGGCUGUGCCCCACAGGAGGUGUCCCAUAGUGCCUCUCCCGAGACUACCACGGUCACCUCCCGUGGAGGCCAAAACGAAGACGAGUCGCCCUCCCAGGAGGAUGCAGAGGGCAAUGGUGGAGGGGGAGGUGCUGGCUCGUCCUUCGGAGAAGGUGUCCAACCUUCGGUAUCCACCACUGGUCCCGACUGAAAGGCUUUGAAGGAAAACGUCACAAGUUUAGGGAGACACAGGACAGUGGGGGUCCAACAGGACCUUCUCUUGAG